UGUUCUUGCCACCAUCCCUGAUCUCUGAGGCACUGCUGGGUGUUCUUGCCACCAUCCCUGCUCACUGAGGUCUUGCUGGAGGCUGAGAAGCAGCCAUGGAAAUGAGACUGAAGUACCUGGGCCACAAAGCACCGCAGGGAUGAGCAGGUCCCUGGGCUUUGUCACUGCCAGCCCGGCUGCAGAGCGGUGGGACAGGGUGCUCUGGCCUAGGCAGUGCCUCUCUCCUUUGGGCACAGCCAGGGGCACUGGGAGAUCUGUGGGCAAGCACAGUGAGGGGUUGGCCGUGUUGCUCCGCUGGGGUUGGCCCUGCGGGACACCCAGGCGGGCACCGGGCUCACGGCGUGUCCCGCAGGCUCUGGGGGACGUGGACCAGGUCCGGAUGACGUCCGAGGGCUCCGACUGCCGCUGCAAGUGCAUCCUGCGGCCGCUGAGCAGGGACGCCUGCAGCCGCGUCCGGAGCGGCAGCGCGCGCGUGGAGGAUUUCUACACCGUGGAGACGGUGAGCUCGGGGGCUGACUGCCGGUGCUCCUGCACCGCGCCGCCCUCCUCGCUCAACCCCUGCGAGAACGAGUGGAAGAUGGAGAAGCUGAAGAAGCAGGCCCCCGAGCUCUUCAAGCUGCAGGCCAUGGUGGACCUGCUGGAGGGAACGCUGUACAGCAUGGACCUGAUGAAGGUGCACUCCUACAUCAGCAAGGUGGUGGCGCAGAUGAACACGCUGGAGGAGACCAUCAAGACCAACCUGAGCAGGGAGAAUGACUUCAUGAAGGAGAGUGUCCAGCACCUCACUGACCAGAUGAAACGCUACGAGAACUACUCUGACAUCAUGAUCAGCAUCAAGAAGGAGAUCUCCAACCUGGGCUACCAGCUGCUGCAGAAGGAUGCAGCUGCCAUCCCCGACAGCAAGGCACAGGACACGACAGGAGGCCGGGAGAAGGAGGCAGGACGGUACCCCAGCCCCCGCAAGGCCCUGGGGGACAGGGCAGCCCCCAGAGCGCCCAAGGAGAAGCCGCUGAAGCCCGAAAAGCCCAAAAAGGAGAACACCAAGGCCAAGGCGGGGUCACAGCCCACGGCCAAGCCCAAGCCCCUGGCGCAGCAGCAGACUGUGGUCCGGGGCAUCACCUACUACAAGGUCGGGCAGGGAGCGGCGGAGGGUCCGGCCGGGAGCCGCGAGGGUCCUGUGAGAGGGGCGGCCGUGCCGGAGCAGCAGGAGGACAGGGGCCCCCCGCCCGCCCCAGCCGAGGGCACCCCUGCCCACGCUGUUGCACAGGCGGAGAGCACCGUGCCCGGCAGCACGGCCGUGCCCAGCACCGCCCCGGUGCCCCGCAGCACCGCCCGCAGCGCCCCCGGGCAGGGCACCGACAGCACCGGGGACCCCGAGACACCCAACAGAGUGAAGGAGGCGGAGUGCGAAGGCACCAUCGAGGCCGUGCAGCCCCCCAGGGAGCACCACAGCUACGGGCGCAACGAGGGGGCCUGGAUGAAGGACCCGGCAGCCAAGGAUGACCGCAUCUACGUCACCAACUACUACUAUGGCAACAGCCUGGUGGAGUUCAGGAGCCUCGACAGCUUCAAGCAGGGCCGCUGGAGCAACCUCUACAAGCUGCCCUACAACUGGAUUGGCACGGGGCACGUGGUGUACAGGGGGGCCUUCUACUACAACCGUGCCUUCACCAAGAACAUCAUCAAGUACGACCUGAAGGAGCGCUACGUGGCGGGCUGGGCGCAGCUCCACGACGUGGUGUACGAGGACACCACGCCCUGGAAGUGGAGGGGCCACUCGGACAUCGACUUCGCCGUGGAUGAGAGCGGGCUCUGGGUCAUCUACCCCUCGGUGGACUACGACUACUCCCAGCAGGAGGUGAUCGUCCUCAGCCGGCUGGACCCCGUGGACCUCUCGGUGCGCAAGGAAACCACCUGGAAGACGGGGCUGAAGCGCAACACCUACGGGAACUGCUUCAUCAUCUGUGGCAUCCUCUAUGCUGUGGACACCUACAGCCAGAAGGAAGGGCAGAUCUCCUAUGCCUUCGACACGCACACAGACACGGAGGCAGAGCUCCGGCUGCCCUUCCUCAACCACUACUCCUUCACCACGCAGGUCGACUACAACCCCAAGGAGAAGGUGCUCUAUGCCUGGGACAACGGCCAUCAGAUGACCUACGGGCUCAGCUUCGUGGUCUGAGUGCCCGGGCGGGUCCCUCUGCGCUCCUGCACCCACCCUGCCUGGGGCACCCUGACGCAGCCUGGCCCUGGCACCCCCACUCCAGCCAGGGCUGUGGCAAGAGCUCAGCUUCCCCCUCAAAACCUUCCCCAUCUGCUCUGGCCACCCACCACCUGCCCCGUGCCCACCGUGCUGCAGGGCAUGGGCAGCCCGUCAGAGCAGCCCCCAGCAGCAGACACCCACCCCUGUGACAACGUGGCCCCGGGGCCGUGGCAGCUCGGCCAGCAUCGCCUUCCCGGGGACGCGGAGAGAGCCCAGCCCCGCACGGCUCUGCCGCUGCUGGCACCGCCCGCCCGCCCUGCAGCAGCGCCCCGGGCGCCUCCUGCGCUGCCCCCGGCCCGGGCACCGCGUGUGCCAUCCAGCGCUGCCAGCCGUGCCAGGGCCAGUG